AUGACUAGAAUCAACCUCAUCGCGAACCCGCACUACCAGAAGUCUGGCACGAAGUCGUACUUGCACGCCAUGCGCAAGUAUCGAUUCACCCCAACUAAGGACGGCCCAUAUUUCCUCGGGACCACAAUGGUUCAAACUGGCCGGCAGUUCACUAAUAAGCCCGUGGGAGGCCGUGCUCGGUUGCAGCAGGUCCUGCAGAAGAAGGACGCUGUUAGCGAUGAAGUUGGGCAAGUGGGUGCCCACGAUGUGCAGAAUGACUCGAUGUAUCUUGCAGAAAUUGGUAUUGGCACACCUGCGCAGACGCUCAAUUUGGACUUCGAUACUGGUUCUGCGGAUCUGUGGGUCUGGUCCACGGAGUUACCGUCUAAGACUUUAUCAGAGAACAAGAAUCACACAGUUUUCGAUCCGACCAAAUCGAGCACGUUCAAAGAGAAAGACGGCUCGACAUGGCAGAUCAAGUACGGCGAUGGCUCUUCUGCCUCUGGCACGGUCGGCAACGAUAAUGUCAACAUUGGCGGGCUAGUGGUCAAAGGCCAGGCUGUUGAGGUCGCUGAUAUAUUGUCUGAUCAAUUCGCACAAGGUGCUGGAGAUGGGCUGCUGGGGCUUGCGUUCGGUAAUAUCAAUACCGUCAAGCCUCAGGCAGUGAGCACGCCUGUGGAGAAUAUGAUCUCGCAGGCCGAUAUCCCGAAGUCGGCUGAGCUCUUCACCGCGAAGCUGGGCUCAUGGCGAGAUUCUGAUGAGCCGGAUAAGGGCGAGUCGUUCUAUACUUUUGGUUAUAUUGAUCAGGACACGGUGAAGGCCGCUGAGGCAGAGAUCACCUACACGCCUGUUGAUAACAGUCAGGGGUUUUGGAUGUUCGAUUCUGCCUCGGCGACGGUGAAUGGGAAGUCGGUUUCCCGGACUGGGAACAAGGCAAUUGCUGAUACGGGGACUACCUUGGCGUUGGUGGAUGAUGAAACUUGUCAGGCCAUUUAUGAUGCUAUCCCCGGGGCAGAGUAUGACAAUGACAGCCAGGGAUGGAUCUUUCCAUCCAACACAACGGCUGAUAAAUUGCCUGUUAUAUCAUUUGCUGUUGGUGAUAAGCAAUUUGUUGUGCAGAAGGAAGAUCUAGGAUUUGCUGAGGCUAAGUCUGGUUAUGUCUAUGGAGGUAUCCAGAGUCGUGGUACUAUGACCAUGGACAUUCUAGGGGAUACCUUCCUGAAGGCUAUAUAUGCAGUCUUCGAUGCCGGCAAUCUUCGCUUUGGUGCUGUGCAGCGAAAGGAGCUGCAUCAGAAUCUCUCUGUGCCUUCUGAGUCUAGUUAG